UCGUUCAGUCACGUGACUGGCUUCCUCGCACCGCGCCGCUGGGUGAACGCUGCUUCUCGGGUUUGGGUGCAAAACCCUCCUAUCAAAAGCGACAUGGACGUCGAACACGUAGAAUACGCUCAAAAAUCGGACUCGGUGGGCUUUUCAGAUAGCCCACUAACAAAGACUAUUUCCGGGGGUCUCUCGGGACCAGGGGUGAACUCCGAGUCUCUCGCAGAACAUGCCUCCACCACUGUUGCAAUAGAUUUGGACCCCCAAACUCUACCCGUUAAAACCAAAGGUAAACUGGCAGAUGCUACCGAUAAUGAGUGGAAAGUUCAUGUGGAGCCUUUUCAUUCAUUGCGAGAGAUUCCAAACAAAAAAUAUCGCGAGGGCUUUGUCACUGACGAAUCUGUCCAGCUAGGUCUAGUCGGUCGAAAUGCCCGAGACAUAGUAAGCCAAAGCACGAACACCAAUUCCAAUACUGUCCCCGUUGGACUCAUCCGCGGAUUUUUCACACUUCCUAUGAACACCUUAUCGAGCAUUACUGCAAUUAAAUGCAACCCAUAUAGAAAUUGUACUGCGUCGUCAGUCCCCACCCAUGGUCUGGAAGUCCCAAGAGGAAUCCAUGCGGCUAGCCAAGACCAAAAACCCGAGCUGGCAUCGCCAGGGCUGAUUGCCCAUGUUGAUUCGCCAAACCCAUGUCAAGGACUAUCCUGUGGACCACACUUGCCGCCUCGUCCAGCAGAAACCUACCGUCCGCAAAGAAAGAUCACCCCGGCACUUUUUCAUGACCAGUUCACUCAAUUCAUGGAGGACCGCAUGGCUAUGUUUCAGCCAUCUUCCUCGCAAAACAACGUAGAGCAAUCGCUAAGCUCGAACCAUCCUUACCAGCAGGUAGACGAAGUGGAAUCAAUGCACUUGAGAAAUUGGUUUACUGCAAACUCACACCGCAAUUCAGCUCAACAAAUGUCUCCCCGAAAUGAGCCUACAGCUGUUUCUGUCAAUUCUCCCGGCUCGGCUAUCCCGAUCAAUAACAGUACAAGCUCUUUCUUGCCUAGAGGGGUGCAGGGUCCAUGCUCGUUAGAUCCGCCAAACUCAGCCAUGGUAUAUACCCCGAGAGCAGUCCCGUUGGCAGAUGUAAAAGACCCUCCUCUCUCGCCUAUUCCAUCCCAAUGCAUGUGUCUGUGGUGGCCGUUUUGAAAUCGCUGAAAUAAAAAAAGACUAAAAUAGUAGUUGC